AUGCUCAUAACCUACUCCCGCCGCCGCCAAGCGGUGGCGCCUCCCAUCUCCGCCUCCGACCGCUUGCAAGUCCCAUCUGGCUGGGGAGUCGAACAAGUGCCCCGUCGUAAUGGAUCCCAAAUUGACACGUAUUACUAUGAGCCGGGGACUGGAAGAAAAUUCCGGUCAAUAACAGAGGUUCUCAACUAUCUGAAUGGACAAGGAUAUCCCAGAAGACGAUCUACCAGGAGAUCAACCCAUUUUAAUAGCGCAAGACACCAAAGGAUGCUUGUUUCUGGUGGGAAGUUGUUUAGAGUGGAUGAUGAUGAUGAUGAUGAUGAGGUGAGGCCGAACCGUUUGGCCAUAGUGCCUUAUGGAAAGUCAAAUGACAUGUCAUCCUUCGUUCUUCCUGAUGGUUGGAUUGUGGAGGAAGUGCCUCGAAGAUACAGCAGCUCGACCGACAAGUAUUACUAUGAACCUGGGACUGGACGACAGUUCCGAUCCAUGGUUGCAGUCAAGAGGCACUUGGCUGAAUCUCAACAAGGUACACAUUUGCUCAAGGGUGUGGAUGAAAUAAAGGAGAAUGAACCCAAUGCACCAAAGGUUCUUGAGCUGGAAAAUCAUUCUAAGAACUUGGAGAAAGAAGUUGGUGAUCCUGAGCAGAAUACACAAGAAUCGUCUGUUAUGGAUGACCCACCAAUGGAGGUCAGAUGGGUUCUGGCCAGUCCACAGGGGGAUAAAUGGAACCCGUUUAUCAAUGGGAAAAUGGUUCCUGAUGCUGUUAAGCAGCAAUGGAUGGAUAAAUUCGUGCGCGUCAUCAAGGAGGGGAAUGAUUGA